AUGACACGAAAUAACAUUUUAAAGAGUUUGACAGAAGAUUCUGGAACCCGUUGCCUGACUUCAAAAGGAAAGACCAUAACAUGGGACCAGUUCUGGAAAGCGUUCAAUUACGAUCGAGGCGAAUUUUGCAUGUCCCUCCACCACAAGUUUACAGAGGACCAUUUUCAGUUAGACCCGGCCUCCAAAAUGUGUAACCAUCUCGCAGAAGACGUGCUUGAUAGGAACAUGUUGACCCCCAUAAAAGUAUUUUCAGUUCCAAACGCAUGCAUUCUGUAUUCUGAUAGUCUAAAAUAAUAAAAAAAGAAAGGUUUGUUCAAAAUGUUCUUAAAAGAUUAAUCGGCAAUGCAUCUAAUUGUAUACUUAUAGUUGGUAUCAAGCUUUAUUAACUCAAUUUACCUGUCUGAUUGAUCUCUAAAAUUGUCUUUCAAAGUUACAAUAGUAUAUGAUUGUAAUAAUUUGUUAACUUAAUAUUCAAAUGUACUAUUGGUUCAAUUUUUUGGAGAAAUUUUAGGCUUACAAGAGUCACCUUGUUAGCAAAGGGCAGGAUGGCAGCAGCCUAGAUUCAACAAUAGAGCUACUGGCCCAGUGCGAUUUAGCUGUUCAAUGA